UUACUUUGAAACUGUUGUCCGGUAUUAUUCCGUCUCGCUUGAAAGUCGUAGUCGCAUACUGGCUGUACCAAGUUUUUGCUCGCUGGUGCCAACGCCCGGCGAAACAGACUGCUUACGUUAGCUAGCAGUGACACAAGAGGGACACGGGUAACGUGAUUGCCAGCAGCUUCAGAAAGCACAGAGAUGCAGACUAUCAAGUGUGUGGUGGUGGGUGAUGGAGCAGUGGGAAAAACCUGUCUGUUGAUUUCAUACACCACCAAUAAAUUCCCCUCAGAAUAUGUACCAACAGUGUUUGACAACUAUGCAGUAACUGUAAUGAUUGGGGGUGAACCAUACACCCUUGGCUUAUUUGACACUGCAGGUCAGGAGGAUUAUGACCGGUUACGACCUCUAAGCUACCCGCAGACUGAUGUCUUCUUAGUGUGUUUCUCAGUUGUUUCACCUUCCUCGUUUGAGAAUGUUAAAGAAAAGUGGGUUCCUGAGAUAACUCACCACUGUCCCAAGACCCCUUUCCUGUUGGUAGGCACUCAGAUUGACUUGCGUGAUGACCCGUCUACAGUGGAGAAGUUAGCCAAGAACAAACAAAAGCCAAUCACUCCUGAGACAGCAGAAAAGCUGGCUCGUGACCUUAAGGCAGUCAAAUAUGUUGAGUGCUCUGCUCUAACACAGAAAGGAUUAAAGAAUGUGUUUGAUGAGGCAAUACUGGCUGCCCUGGAGCCACCUGAACCUAAGAAAAGACGUAAAUGUGUUCUGCUCUAAGUUUCGCAGCAGUCUUCACACCAGUUUCCAAAUCUAGGUUAACAUACUGAAGAGGUUUUCUGCACAAGCACAUUCCACUAUAAGUAGAGAUAUUUUUAAAUAUUAGCCUUCUCACAUACUUAACCUUAAAACAUAUUUUGUGUAAGGCUGAUACACUUUGUCAUAAUUUGAUGCCAUUGAAAUUUUGUACACAAUGUGAACACUGAAUGCUGACACUUAAGAAAAUUCUAAGGAACACUUAGAAGUAAUGUUUUGGUUUGGCCACGUUAUCUUUGCAGAGGUUCUCUUGCAAAAGAAGUAAUUAUGCAAAGAUAUUUUUUAUAGAGCUCCUGUUUCAAGAGUCCUAUAAAAUAGAGCUUUAAUAAAAUCCCUUAAAGUUAUAAAUUUGCAUUGACUUACUACUUAGGUGUCUGUAGUUGCAACAUACUGUAAAUCCUGCUGUCAUAAAAUGCUUGUUUAGGGAAAGCUCCACUUAAUCCUCUCAACAUAGUCUUAAGGUAAAUGUAGGAAACCUAAAGAAAUAUGGAACUUCUGGGUAUGUUUUUAUCUUCGGUCUGAUAAAAGUGGAAAAUCUAUUUCACUGUUACUAUGAGUUUGAGUACAACUAUAUCCCAGUCAUUUGCUUUUUCUGACAAGCAUCAAGGAGACAAUGUAUGUCCUCAGUGAUCAUCAACAGAUGGUAAAGUUAAACUUUGUGGAAUGCUUGGCCAGUGACCUAUAUUGUAAACUGCAGCACCAUUAACAGGUUGAGAUCCCGUGGAAGUUAUUAAAUUACUUAACUGAUAAUUAUUGCCUUUGACUAUCCAUUCCUAGAUUGUGGGCUUGAAUUUAAUUUGUAAAUAUAGUGAAAGUAACUCGUAACUUAUUGACUGAAAAUUUGUAUGUCACUAAUGAAAGACUGAAAGAACCUUAGCUGAAAUCACAUUAACCAGAAUAUAUUUCUCUCUUAUUUUUUAUUCAAUUUCACAAAGUUGGGACUGUAUUUUUGUUUGUAAUAAAGGUUCACAAUAAAGCAGUAUUAUGAUUAUUAAA